AUGUUUCUUUUCAAAUCCCUUGUAUAGCCAGCCCCACACGAUAACCCCAAACCCUAUAAAAUCAUGUAAGAUCUCCAACAGUGUCGCAAAAUUAACAACAUUAUUGGGAAAUCUUUAUAUUUUGUAAAUACUACAAAACACAAGGUACUACGUUCGGUGUUAUGUUGGGGAAUAAAAGAAAGAAGUAAAGAUUUUCACAAUGAAGGACACCUCCACCAGCGUUGACCGCGACAAGGAAGGGAGUUCCAGUGGCUCCGGUAGCCACAUUUGGGUGAUGAGAAGGGUCAUGCAAGUCACCAUGUUCCUUGCUGGGCUUGCUGUGUUGUGGAUGUUUCUCUAUAACACUGCUUCUCCCUUUGGAAUAUUCCCUGCCUUCUCACAUAGCAUCAAUGCUCAGUCAUCAAAGCAGGCUAAUUAUGAUCCAAAGCUAGAGAGUGUUCUUAGAGACGCAUCUAUGAAGGAUAAGACAGUGAUAAUCACAACUUUAAAUGAUGCAUGGGCAGAGCCAGGUUCCAUGUUUGACCUCUUCCUUGAGAGUUUACAACUAGGGAAUGGGACACAAUGGCUUUCAAAUCACUUGGUGGUAAUAACUUGGGACCAAAAGACACUUGCUCGUUGCCUUGUUGUGCACAAACAUUGUUACCAAGUAGAAACUAAAGGUGGCAAUUACACUGGUGAAGUAUUUUACAUGACCCCAAACUACCUACACAUGAUGUGGAGAAGAACUGAAUUCCUUGGUUCCAUCCUUGAGAUGGGAUACAACUUUGUGUUCACGGAUACUGAUAUAAUGUGGCUUAGAGAUCCCUUCAAACAAUUUUACAAAGAUACAGAUUUCCAAAUAGCUUGUGAUUCUUUCAAUGGCAAUUCCUCUGACUUAAACAACUUUCCAAAUGGAGGAUUUAAAUAUGUGCAAUCAAAUAACCGAACUAUUUGGUUCUAUAAGUUCUGGUUCGACUCUAGGAAUUUCUACCCUGGGUUGAAUGAGCAGGAUGUGCUCAACAAUAUCAAAAUGCAUCCAUUAAUUUCCAAAAUGAAGCUGAAGAUUAGGUUCCUUAGCACUAGUUAUUUUGGAGGGUUUUGCCAGCCUGCAGAGGACUUCAACAAGGUCUCAACAAUGCAUGCCAAUUGUUGUGUUGGUAUAGAAAACAAAGUCAAUGAUCUUAAAAUUUUGCUUGAGGAUUGGAAGAAGUAUAUGGCAUUGUCUGAAAUUGAGAAAAAAGAGUCACAUCCUUCAUGGAGCGUACCACAACUUUGCAGGACGUCCUUUGAACGUGCCAAAGAAAGGAAUCUGAUUAAUUAAAGGGAGGUUGUGACGGGCUUUGGCUGUAACUGUUUGAUGCAUGUAUAAAGAGUUAGGUAAAGUGUCUACAAUUAUAUGAUUCUUUGAAAAGCAUUGAACAUAUAUAACCAUUUUAUUUUAGUAUUUGAAAAUGUUUUGUGUUUAAUUUUUUUUGUUUUACUAAUAAUUAUUAAACUAUCACAUUAUUUUUAAUUUAUUUCUUAUUUUAUAAAAUUUCAUGCAGAAAAUGUUUUAAACAAAAAUUGCUUGUACAAAUAAACAAUAAUCUUUAGGUAAGAAAUACAAAAAUGACAUUUUUAUAAAGUAGUAUAGGCAAAAUUAUAUUUGUUUGUUGUAAGUAGCAUAGUUUUCU